UUCCUUUAUUUUUAAAACAUUCUAACCAUGCGUACAUAUGUGCUGCAUGUAUGAAAAUUACACACAGAAUGUAUCUACACAGUAUAUUGACAGUUCAAAUUUAAUGUUGAAACAAGGCAACGCAAGUUAUCGACAUCGAUAGUUAUAUUUUAAUACAUUUCGACUAAAAAUACUAGCAAACGUACUAUUGUACUUGGAAAUCGUUCUAUCUCUAAAGGAAAACGCUACUUAUCCACACGUCCGCUGUGAACACUAAUAGAGAAAGAUUCAUUCUAUAGCACCAAACAAAAAAAACCCCAAAAAACCCCCCAAAACAUCAACAAAAAUUCAUUGAUCGGGAAUACCGUGGAGAUCUGUGACCUAGCUUUUACCGUUGACAUGGAUCCAGUCCAAAAAGGCGCCAUACUCCGGACACGGGUGGUACUCGUUAACGAUUUAGACGUGAGCGAUGAACUUUGUGAUGCACUUAUGAGCCAGGAUAUUUUCAGUCCGCUUAUGAUUGAAUACAUUGUGGCCCAACAUACACGCAUGGACAAGGUUCGUCGCCUCUUGGACGAUCUUUCCAGGAGAGGUUCCAAUGCUUACCAUGGCUUUCUUUGGGCUCUGAGGAACGCUGGAUACGAUUUCCUUGCAAGUAAAAUUGUAGAAAACGAGAAAAUUGUUCGCAGGGAAAUAGAAGAGAAAGAAAGGGAAAAGAGGAAAAAGAGUGAAGAAAGGGGGAGUCCUAUGCAGACAGCCACCAAUACAGUACCCUCGUCUCGGCCACUUGAAUCAGGAAAUGACAGUGCUGCUCAAUCUUCUACCAUUGAUAAUCAACAUCUGAAUCCGAAUUCCAAUUCUUUAGAAUCAUUUAGAGUUGACUUAACAUCCGACAGGUCGUCCGAAGACAUUCCCCAACAGUCCAAGUCAGAGGAGCCCUAUUUCAAGCCUCAACCUCAAGACGAGGUGACAGUUCAUGAAAUGGCUUCCAGUUCAACAAUAUCCCAAGAUGAUGACAUGAUUGAUUUAAACCUUAGCACCACCUCAAAUCAAACAGGCAUGGAUGUUGAUCAUUGACAAAGAAAAUUUGUUGGUUUACCGAUAUAGACUUUAAGACAUUCCGAAUAUAAAUUACCAUUGGAUUUCCAAAUGAGAAUUCGAAGAAUGGCAGCAGUACACCAAGAAAAUUUCCAAGUAUUUCGAGCCUGAAUCAUGUUUUCCUUCUGUUGAAUGGUCAGCAGUGGUGGCCUGUCGAUGGAUCACCCAGCAUGUUUCAACAGUGCUAUAUAUAUAGCUCUUUCGUCACUCUUAAUUUAACAAGAGUGGUAACUAAAUUGUUUAUUUACAAAAUUUAUAAGUAUACAAGAAAGAAUUAAACAGAAUUCUUAUAAAAAUUAUGCUGGCAUUUUUUUUUGGCCCCUUACAUGCAUAUUGAAUUCAAGAUAAAUUAGGUUAAUAUGCAAGAAAAGUAAAUCAAAAUUCAAGAAAAUCAUGUUGACGUGUAGGUUUAUACAUGUAAUUGUGAUUAAUUGUAAAAAUCCAUAGACGUAUAUAUGUAAAUAAAAACAAGUUCUAGAAUAUAAACGGAUUUGACUUCUAUUACUAACAUAUAUACAAUUGCUAUGUAAAUGACAAAUAUUAUAGAUAAGUUUGCUUUCUGUUUUAUAUAACCAAAAAUUUGAAAUUUUCAUUAACAAAAUGGGGCUUUUGUUUAUUUCUGUCGUACUGGUUAAUUCUAGUACAUGUCCUGAUAUUGAUAUAUCAUUCCAGUUGAUGAACUUCCGCUUUGAGAUCUAUGAUAAAUGUACAACAUGUAAUAUCAUUUUAAAAAUAAAAUGUGUGAAUAAAAACAACUUUAUUAUUUUCAACAAAAUACAAUGACAAUUUCUUUAUUUUCUGAACUGCAUAAAUUACGGUGUUGAGAAGAAUCAAUUGAACAAUAAUACAUAUGAUACAUACAUUGCAUGCAUUGGAGAGUGACAAUACAAUAGUGAAAAAAAGGGAAAAAAUGAUUGACAAUUAACUAAGCGUGUUAUAUGUACAGUGCAUUAUAAAAUGAAAAACUGCAAAUAAAAAAAAACCAAAAAACCUAGCGAGCUAUCUCUCUCAAUUAUAACUUUAAUGAAUUUACACAGAUUAAUCAGCAAUUUUUUAUUAUUAGUAUUAAAGAGUUGUUG